UGAGGUGUCACGUGUCAUAUAUCAUCAUGUGCGCAGUACAUACCCGCACAUGCAACCGUUCAAACCACAUAGACGUUUGGCCGAUAGAAUGGUCGAAUGCAUAAGGCGAGCUUCUAUUCGUCGGCGAGCGGUCCACCACCUGCCUACGCCACCCCAAUUAGUAGCGAAAAGGAAGUGAGGGCAAAGCUCCUGGAGAUGUCUGACGAGACUCUAACGACGCCGAGCCCUCCGUGGCAUUCGUCUUUGUUAAAUUGUGUACUUCGACCGCUAAACCUGAGUUUCUCGAAUCUAGUUAAUGUCAAUGUUAACGUGAACUCGAACAGAUCCGCCCGAGCGUUCCGCAAAACUGAAGUUACAAAACUUCUCUUGCAAUUCGGGGAGACCUCUCGCGAGCAAACUGACUUCAAGUGUAGUAUCUCUAAGGAUCAGGACGAACUCGAAGUCAGCAACUUCAAGUGUGUGUAGGGCGUAAGCCGGGACGCGAUUGAGUUCCCGUCACACGGCCAGGCUCUAUGACUGUGUAAAGAGUUCAUGUGAUGUCAAAAAAGUUCAUAAAUGGAAGCGACUCUGAUUGCCCU